CGUUUAGGACGUAGACGCUAAGCUUAUAAAUGACAAGGUGACGGUUUAACGCGUCCUGCCUUUUUUGACUGCAGCUGUGCACAAGACCAGCUAAUUCAGGACUCCCUGAAAUCCGUAUCUAACCGAUUCCAGCCAUGUAUCUCUGCACCAAGUUUGUCACUUCUCCUGCUGUGCUGCGUGGGGGUUCCAGAGUCCUGACCCGGCCAGUCACAGUUUCUCUCUUCAACAGACCUGAAGGCACAGUGGAGCAACAGGCCCUGUUGCCAGUCAGCCAAUCUGCAGUCCUGACCCGCUCCUUCCAGACCAGCGCCAUUUCCCAUGAUAUUGACACUGCUGCCAAGUUCAUUGGUGCUGGUGCUGCCACAGUUGGUGUGGCUGGUUCUGGAGCUGGAAUCGGAACAGUGUUUGGCAGCCUUAUCAUUGGCUAUGCCAGGAACCCCUCCCUGAAGCAGCAGCUCUUCUCCUACGCCAUCCUAGGCUUUGCUCUAUCUGAGGCUAUGGGCCUCUUCUGUCUGAUGGUGGCAUUCCUAAUUCUGUUUGCCAUGUAAACCUGGAAAUGCACCCAUACCUCCUUCACUUCAACCCCUUGUUCUCCACUUCCUUGCUUUGUCACUACCUUCCUUCCAAGGGGAAGAGGGCUUUCUCAGAACCAGAACUCUGAACAAGCUCCCGGGCCAUUCCACUCAACAGAAAAUAUUAAAGGAAAAUAUUUACAACUGA